AUGACUUGCGGAACGGCAACGGGAGACUGGCAUUUGCUUGGUGUCAGCGGCUCGCGGAGUUCCUGCUUGUCCUCCGGCGCCGGUCGGAAGAGCACCCCUUGGUUGCAUAAGGAAGCCGUUGUCAAUGGAACACGUACGCACUGGGUGGAAGCAGGACGGCAGGGAGACCCGCUGGUUGUUUUGUUGCACGGGUUUCCUGCGUUUUGGUACACUUGGAGCAGUACCAUCAUAGUGUUGGCCGACGCGGGGUAUCGUGUCGUCGCUCCGGACUUGAGAGGCGUCAAUUUGUCGGAACGAGUGGGCGUCGGGUUCGAUUUGCAUACGCUUUCGGAAGAUUGCUCCGAACUGUUGGACAUGCUAGAGGUCGAGAAGUGUAUUCUCGUAGGUCACGAUUGGGGUGGAAUGAUUGCUGCUGCGACGGCAGCGCGAUUUCCCUAUCGAGUGGAAAAGGUUGUCUUGCUGCAUUCGGUUCCCAUGCAAGCACUGGAGCUUUCGCGUCUUCCGUGGUCUCAUCGGAUACGAUUAAGGUCACUGGUUUUUUUCAGCAAAUUUACCUGGCUGGCACGCACCGUAUUCUCCUUCCACCGUGCUUGGUUACUGUCUCGAUAUAUUCAAGGAACUGGCGUCGACGACCGUACUUUGGACGUAUAUCGCGACGCCCUUGGUCGUCCCGGAUCCAUCUUUUGUUGGAUGCAGUACAUCCGAACCCUGCCAACAUCACUGGAGCAAGCGAACAAACUGGGAAAAAUACUGAGUCCGGUACUUUUUGUUUCCGGACGACACGUAUUGACUGUGAAUACCACCGAUGAGGAGGAGUGCUCCUCACUGUGGUUACCCAGCGAUUGCUACCGCCGUCUAAACGAGUGGGUGGAAGGAUCAAUAGAAACCGUGACCUUGCCCUCCUGUGGGAACUGGUCGCCACACGAUGCGCCCGACGAAUUGAACCAAGUUUUGCUGAGAUUCUGCGCAAAGAAGCCGUAGCUUUUCAAGGCCACGCGUGUACUAACAGUAAGAGCCCCGC